AAAGAGAAAGAAAGAAAGGAACUUAACACGAUUCCACACGUGAUAAGGUGAAAAUUAAUAUUUCGAAAUUAACAUAGAAUUUACACUAUUUACUAAAUAAAUAAUGUUUUGAAGUUAAACACUACACAUUAUAUGUGUACGUGUUUGUUUAUUCCCGUCACUAAUUAACAAUUUACCACGCAUUAUCAGGACAAAGUGAUUAUGCUAAAUUAUUUAACAUGCAUGACAAUGUAGCGUCAGAGGAAAUAUACUGACAAACACCACAGCACACUACGGUGAGUUUUCUAGUGCACGAUGGACGUGAGUUGAAUCGAGUGUCAGCAUAAUGAGCAGUAAGACAAACGCUGCAUGCAAAACUGUCGCCAUUAAGUCCGGCAAAUAUUCUGUUGAGAACAAGCAACUUUCGCCUACAUCCGAAGUACCUGCAGGUGGUCUGGUUGUGUAUGAUAAUUAUAAUACCUUGAUUGAAGUCACUGUCAAAACAAAGGGACGUAAGCGUACAUCCACCAUGGUCAGCAGUAGUCCCACUAGUCAGAAGGGUAUAGAGGAAAAAAGAAAACCUGGAAGUAGCGGUGAUCCUCACCAAAACUGGGCCAGAAUUUUUAGGAAACAGAACCGUGCAACUAUGAAACAAACCUUGCAACAUUUUACAGAAAGGACAUCUGCUCCAAAACCAAUAAAGAAUAGAUCCGAUUCUAAAGAUUCAAAGAAGCAAUCUUUAAAUUGUCAAAGGCAUGACCAGAAGCGUUUGGAUGAGGUUCCUGUUAGACAAUCAAGCUCUCAAAAGAAACUAGAAGAGCAGAUGAGGAACACCCCGCAUACAGCACAUCCAUCUACCACAUCGUUAUCAAGCUCUGUGAACUCUAUCUUAGUUUUAGAUAAAGGUGUACAAUGCGGCGGAAUUUUUGAUUCUAUUGAUGACAGAUAUAAAACAUUCAAUCCAGUACGUAUCUUAGGGUUCUUAAUGAAAGAAUUAGAGCACUUGGUCAAAGGUGAGAAAGCCAGUAAGAUUUUAAGUAAUAUGGAGCAACUGUUGCUUAGAAUAUCAGAAGAAUUUGGGAAGUCAAUUGCCAUGGAUCCAGAAGCAAUAGCACUACGCUCGAAAUUAGAAGAAACUACACUUCAAUUGGAAGAAACAAGCAGAAAAAUGAACACCACAUGCGAAACAUUGCGAGAAGAGCGUGACUCUUUACAACGGCAAGUUCAAAAACAAAAUGUAUUGAUAAACAAAGCUCAGGAAAGACAAUUACAUUUAGAAACGACUAUAAAAGCACUGGGGAAUGACUUAGAGGAUGGAAUAAAAGUAGCGCGGGCAAGGGAAAAGACAAUAGCAGAUUUAAGAACGAGUAUUGCUGAGCAGACAGAACUUGCGAGGCAGAGGCAUUUAGAGGUGCAAUAUUUAACUCUCGAGAAGGACAAACUGUCGGUAUUAUGUUCGUACAAGGAUACACUUUUAACCGAACUUCGGAAUUCUAUUAAGGAGUUGCAAAAUCAAAUUUCUGAUCAACUGUGCAACUUGAAUAUAUAUGUUCAUGAAGAUAACAAUCCUAUGAUUUCAUUGGUACAUGGAGGUCUCGCGUGUUCUUCGCCAACUUCUUCGUCGUCCCGUGAAUCGAACAUACGUACUUCUUGCCACGAAAUUUCUGACGUGUCAUUGUCGAUCGUAGGCCAGGAACCUUCCAAAAAUAUGGAUCAUCGAAGAUUUAUACGAAAGCCAGAAAAGGUCACAACUGUUUCUGAGAAUAUAAUCGGGAAUUUGGAAAAGAAGCGGACAAAGGCAAACAAGGAAUAUCAAACUAAAGACUCUGCUAACUUGGAAUUUGUUAGCUUACCUUGUGGAGAAUCCUCGCUCACGCUGUUGCCGUCUUACAAAGAUCUUGGUUGUACGGAAAAUAAUCAAUCAGUUAACAAAGGAAAAGGGGAGUUUACGUUGGUUCAGAAAAGGAGCGAUAACUUGCGUAAUUUCAAGACUUUAAGUUCGCCUCCGGAAAAGCUUUUCGAGACAAGAAUACACGCAGAAAAUGAACCGAAAAUUCAAAGAACUUUGGAACUACAAGAGAAACAGAGUCUCGGCAAAAAAUCCAGCUUAAUCGAUGCUUCCAGUAAAUUAAAAAGUAAUUUAGAUAAUAAUCCGAUAGGUUCUAGUAUAUCGGAGCAGUUUCAUAACAUCUUCCAUGACAUCAGAGUGCAAAGUAGAAUGCCGGUGAACAUACCAAGUCCUCCAAGGAGUUAUCCUCAUCCUGAUUGGAGCGAUAGCACCCUGCCAAGUAUCAGUACAGCUUCCGAACUGAAUGUGAUACCGUCGAAUGACACGUAGCCAGCUUUUUUGUUGCAGGGCAAUGUUGCGAUGUGAUCGUAAAUUAUUAUUUAUCCACAGAAGUGCAUCUUUGGGGAAACAUAAAAAUUGAAUUAUAUUUUCUGAUCUCAAUGAUUUAACAAUAUAAUUUUAAGGUAAUAAUAUACAGAAGACAUAUAUAUAUGUACACAGUAUAAAUUGUAUCAAUUUUUUUUUUUUUGUUUGACUUAAAAUGUACUUUCCUAUUUUAUAUAUCUGACGUUUGAUUUUUGUAAAUGUGAGUGAAGUUUGUACACAAGAAUAUAUAAUUUAAAAAAAUAUCGUUUAUAAAUGUAACGGUGUAAUUGUUCAGAAUGGAAAGGAUUUGUUAAAACUUUUAUUAACGUGGACUUAAUGCAAAACGCACGUUAAUACCAAAGUACAUACACGAGAAUGUAUUGUAACUUAUAUUACAAUAUCGGUGCAUCGUUGUGUUGGCAUAAAUUAGGAAAUUUUUGCGAGAGCGUGUGAAUGAACUGAAUUGAUAAUCUUGCGAAAUAAAAGUGAAUACGUUUGA